AUGCAGUCCAAUCUCCUCGCUCGUGAAGUGGGCGAUCUUGCCCCUCAGGACUUCAGCCGCUCCAUAACCUCAGAACUACUUCGCUCGUUUGCGCCAGCGCCUCAGCAUCGCUUCAAUGGCGAGAGAACAGCCAAGCCUAAUCACGCAGUCGUGGAUGAGCGCGCUCAUAACAUAAAAGCUCAUGGAGCGGGCGUCAACAGCAUCGCCCUAGAGAAAUUCGACGGCCGGAUCCUUCUAUCGGGCGGUGCCGAGGGCGGCAUCAAGGUGUGGGAUCUUGAAGCUGGCGGAAACCCUCAUAAUGUGCACACUUUUCGCCCCCGUUGCGCCCUGUCGGCAACAUUCGGCCUGAAUGCAACGAUAUACUCACACUCAACAAGUCCAGUCGCAGAUCAUCUAAUCGUCGCAUGCGCCACGCAGAACUCGGCAGUCCGGCUGGUGGACUUGAAGUCUGGGUCUGCGAUACAAGCUCUUGUGGCCCACGGCGGUCCUGUACUGUCAACAGCAUGGAGUCCGCGCCACGAGCAUAUCCUUGUGAGUGGACAUGCAGAUGGGAAAGCUCGAAUAUGGGAUAUCAGACGUGCUGGUGGCGUCGUCGCAUUGUUGGACCAAGAAGAUUCAUUGGGCAUUGUUCAUAAGAUGAAGCAUCUGAAUGCGGCGGGCGUGGACUCGAGCCAGAUCCCACACUUUCGUGCCUCUGCCCAGGCACAUGACGACGCAGUAAAUGGCCUGCAGUGGACAGACGACGGAAAGUACAUUAUAUCAGCAGGCCUUGACCGCCGCAUUCGCGUAUGGGACGCUGCUACAGGAGCCAACACUCUUGCGAGCUUUGGUUCCUUGAUUCAGAAUCAACACGCAAAGACGGCAAGUAUCUUGGUAACCCCGUCUCAUCUCUCGACCGGUAACAACUUUCUGUUUUGGCCAAAUGAUCAGGAGAUUCUCAUUCUUGAUCUCCACGACGGCAAUAUUGUAAAACGGCUCCGAAGCCCGGGUGUGACAAACCCCGUAGGGCCACGAGGUAGCGAGAUGGGACGAAAUAGAAUAACAGGCAUAGUUUGGCGUUCGUCUGGGGGGUCAGGGCGUCCUGUUGGGCCUGUUAUGGGUGGCGGUAACUCCAUCGGAGCUGUGUACAGUUCUCAUAUGGAUGGGCAGAUCCGGGCUUGGGAACCUCAAGUGCCAGGCCCUGAUGAUAUCGCCGAGGAGGAGGAAGUACAAGAAGACGAAGAAGUGAAACAGCGGAAGAGAAAGGCCGUCGACGAUGCAUACAAAAGUCUCAUGGGGAAAAAGAUCACAUUUACGUAG